AAAGCUAGGAGUGCGCGGUACCGGUACAGGACAGCUGAGCACUAACAGAGGGACAACUUCUUCCGCAUUUUUCUACGGCAACGCGCGGACCUCCGGAACAUGGCUGGUGGAAAGGCUGGGAAGGACAGUGGAAAAGCUAAGGCGAAGGCAGUAUCUCGCUCCCAAAGAGCAGGACUGCAGUUCCCUGUCGGCCGUAUCCACAGACACUUGAAGACCCGUACCACAAGCCAUGGAAGAGUUGGUGCUACUGCAGCCGUUUACAGUGCUGCCAUCCUGGAAUAUCUUACUGCUGAGGUGUUGGAGUUGGCGGGAAAUGCCUCCAAGGAUCUGAAAGUGAAACGUAUCACUCCUCGGCACUUGCAGCUAGCCAUUCGUGGGGAUGAAGAGCUCGAUUCUCUGAUCAAAGCCACCAUUGCUGGAGGAGGUGUCAUUCCUCAUAUCCACAAGUCUCUGAUUGGAAAGAAGGGACAGCAGAAAACCGCAUAAGGAACCUGUGCCCGGCUUCCCACUAAUAUUGUACUGUAACAGAAGAAAAAUUUGGGAUAUGUGGAAUUUGGUUUAUUUUCAUUUAAAGUUUCUUUUUUUAAAGAAAUAGUUUAAUGGAAGAGAAUAGGUGCCACAGUGUAGACUAAGAAAUCCUUUGUAUGUUGUUUAGGUUAAGUUUCACAGAUAAAGAAAGUUCCUUGAGUCACGUGACUGAAUCCAUGUGUUGAUUGGCUAGGUUUCUCCUGUGUGUUUUAUACAAAAAUGGAAGAGAUAAAACCAUUUUUUACA